AUGACGAACGCUCACCAGUUCAACUCCAACAACCUUGCUUCAGCAACGACGCCGUUCUACGCCGGGGCCUUCCAAGCUCUUAUCGACGGGUCUUCAAGGCCAAUUCUCAGUGCUGCAGAUGGAUCCACGAUUCUCGAAGUUGGGUACGCCUGCGUUCAGGACACCGCAGCCGCCAUCACCGCCGCCAAGGAAGCGCAGCCCGCUUGGAAUGAGGUACUGCCGAUAGAGCGCGGAUGUCUCUUGCGCAAGGCAGCGCAGAUAAUUCGCGAACAUGCUGAAGAACUUGCGUCCAUCGAUGCGUACAAUAUCGGAAGCCCGAUAUCCAUCAUGAAAGGCGAUGCAGGAGCGGGUGCGAACCAGAUAGACUUCUUCGCCGGUUUGAUACCUGCCGUGACUGGCGAGACCCAUGCCCUGGGAGGCGAUACCUUCAACUACGUUGUUCGCGAACCGUUGGGUGUCGUCGCACGAAUCGUGGCCUCCAAUCACCCCCUGAUGUUCGCUGCGGCCAAGAUUGCUGCCCCGUUGGCAAUGGGGAACACAGUCAUUAUUAAACCACCAGAGCAGGCGCCGCUGUCAGCUCUUCGACUGGCGGAGCUCAUCGGCCACGUCUUCCCGCCUGGCGUUCUUUCUAUCCUACCUGGUGGCGCCGAGUGUGGUAGUACUCUGGCUACACAUUCGGACAUCGCUAAAGUCACAUUGAUCGGAAGCGCUGCAGUUGGGCGAUUGAUUCAGAAGCAGUCAGCAGACACCCUCAAGCAGACGUUGUUUGAGCUCGGUGGUAAGAACGCCUUGGUGGCAUUUCCAGAUGCAGACAUAGAUGCCCUGGUCCAAGGCAUGGUCAUUGGGAUGAACUGGUCUUGGUGUGGUCAGUCGUGUGGAUCUAUGUCGCGGGUGUUCUUGCACGACUCCAUUUAUGACCAGGUACUCGGGCGUGCUAUUGAGCAGAUCUCUCGCAGCUACCGGCCUGGCAACCCCCUCGAUCCGAAUACAACCAUGGGAGCAAUGGUCAGCCAGGCAGCGAGAGACCGGGUGAUGUCCUACAUAGCCAAGGGCCAGAGUGAAGGCGCAAAAUUGCUCCUUGGGGGCCAAAAGCCCGCGUCGCAGGAGACAAAAAAUGGCUGCUUCGUGGAACCAACCGUGUUUGGCGAGGUUACGCAAGAUAUGACUAUUGCUCGAGAGGAGAUCUUCGGGCCAGUCAUGUCUGUCAUUCGGUGGUCUGGCGACGAAGCCAAACUGUUUGAACAGGUCAAUUCGGUCGAGUACGGUCUCACAGGUGCCGUCUUCACGAAGGAUAUAAGUACCAUGCAUCGGGCAGCCCGCAAGAUGCAAGCGGGAACGGUGUGGAUCAAUACAGUAGCGAAGCACUUUCUGGGUCUGCCCUUUGGUGGCUACAAGCAGUCUGGACUGGGCAGGGAAGAGUGUUUUGACGAGCUUCUGUCCAUGACACAACCAAAGGCAAUUCAUGUGCAGCUUUAG